AUGGUGACAGGGGACGUUCAGACACUGCCAGAGGGCAGAAGCCAAAGGCCACAACUCUCUCGGAGCCCUUGUCCAGACCAGGGACCACCAAGGAAGUGCCGCAAGAAGCUCCAAGUUAUCAUCUGUGUGCUGCUUGUGGAGCUGUGUGAAAGAUUCACUUUCUUUGGGAUUGUAUGCAACAUGAUUCUCUUCUGCACUGUGAAACUAGGCUAUGAUAACUACCUGGCAGCGACAGUCAAUCUGUGCUUUGUAGGAGCCAGCACCCUGACCCCUGUUCUGGUUGGGUGGUUUGCAGAAACCUGCUUGGGAAGAACCAAGGUGCUGUACUUGUGUGCUUUCCUUCAUUUCUUUGGUACAGCCAUGCUGCCUGUGGUUGCAUUCCCAUUUGAAGAUUUCUACAUUGACACUCAUCACAUGACGCACCAGCUGGAACCUCGGGAGCAACAAAUCUUGUUCUACACUGGCCUCCUGGCUGCUGCACUGGGCAUCGGUGGCAUCCGGGCCAUCCUCUGUCCUAUGGGGGCCUACAAUCUGCAGGGCUACAAUCAGCACCAGCUCCUGUCCUUCUUCAACUGGUUCUACUGGUUGGUCAACCUGAAUUCCACUGUGGUGUUUCUGGGUAUUGCUUACAUCCAGCAGUCUGUGGCCAAAAAUCUGGGCUUCCUUAUCCCCUUCACUUCUGUGCUGCUGGCCCUAAUGGCCAUACACAUGUUGCGGAGCAAACUCACCUACAAACCCAAGAAAGGUGGAUCAUUAUUGACCACACUGGGAGUUUUCUUGAACUCUUUACAGAUGUGCUGCCUCCACUAUCGCCACCUGAGUGGUGAUGUAGCAUCUUGGCUGGACCGAGCCAAGGAGAACAAUGGUGGCCGUUACAGUGAAACACAUGUGGAGAACGUGAAAGUCCUGGCCAAGCUCUUCCCUCUUUACGGACUUCAGCUAUUGUACAGAGCCUGCAUCACACAGAUUCCCUCAGGUUACUACAUACAGACGAUGAACUCAAACCUUCACCUAAACGACGUCCUGUUGCCCAUUGGGGCCAUGAAUGUGAUCAGCAUCCUGCCUCUGCUGGUCUUAGCCCCACUGAUCGAGUGUGUGACGUCUUGCUACCUCUCUAUGGGAAAAACUCCACUGGCACCUGCAAAAGUCAUCACUCUGGGCCAUGUGUGUGCCUCUCUGUCGGUCCUGGUGGCAGGCUUGUCUGAGCUGCAGAGGAAGGCUUACCCUCUGGUGGAGCAGACUCUCUCUGGAAAAGUUCUGCAAGUGUCUUCCAUGCCGUGUUUCCGGCUGGCUCCUCAGUACAUCCUACUUGGUCUUGCAGAGGCUCUUGUCACUCCUGCAUGUUCCCUCAUUUCUUUCCAGCUGACCCCAGGCCACAUCAGAGGGAUCUCCCUGCACUUCCUCACUCUGUCCUAUGGAGGGGGCUGCUUUCUGGGAGCCUUCAUUGUUCAGUUGGUGUACUUUCUCUCUGGAGGUAACUUCUAUCCAAACACACUGCAUGAUGGAAACCUGGAGAGAUUCUUCUUCCUGCUGGCCACACUCAUGGCUAUUAAUACCUUUGUGUGUUGGAGGGUGUCUUACAGGUACAUAGACCUGAGCGUGCAGGGUAAAGCAUUGACCAUCAGCCCUCUGACUGAGAAGCUGCUGCAUUACAAGGCCUGUCUGCGCUUCUAUGACACUGUGGAUCACUCCUACACAUACACCUCCAUUGAAUCUAUUUUAUGA